AUGGAGCAACAACAAUCACACGCCGAUGAAAAGAACAUGAAGGGUGAAGGCGAGUCACCAGGUCGGGACUUGGAUAUUGGACAGGUGCUUGCUGUUCAAGCAACACCUGAGGAGGAAAGGAGAGUGCUAUGGAAGCUCGACCUUGUAUUGAUUCCAUUGAUGGGAGUUGCAUAUUUUCUCCAGUUCCUUGACAAGCUUGCUUUGAGUCAGGCGACAUUGUUCAAUUUGCGACAGGAUUUGAAUAUGCACGGGAAUGAAUACUCAUGGGCAUCCGCGAUCUUUUACUUUGGAUACUUUGCCUGGAGUUGGCCGAGCUCAUAUAUCAUUGUUCGACUUCCAAUUGGAAAAUACAUUUCAGUCUCGGUAAUCCUUUGGGGUGGCGUUUUGAUGUGCCAUGCAGCUUGCUCUAACUGGAGUGGAUUGAUGACAGUCCGUUUCUUCUUGGGCGUUGGUGAGGCGGCCAUUGCACCGGGCUUCACCCUGAUCACAGGCAUGUUCUACCAGCGCGAGGAACAGCCUCUUCGGCAAUCUGCCUGGUUCUUCGGAAAUUGCAUUGCUGUGCUUAUCGGUGGAUUGAUUGCGUACGGGAUUGGAACAAUUGAUACCACCGUCAUCGCCCACUGGAAGCUCUUGUUUCUCAUUCUGGGUGCUGUCACUUCUUUCUAUGGCAUUGUGCUCUUCACGCUGCUCCCAGACUCGCCUGCUAAGGCCAUAUUCUUGAAGCGCAACGAGCGGGCUAUCGCGGUGCAGCGCACUUUGAAAAAUAAAACUGGAGUCAUGGACACCGGUACUUUCAAAUGGUCACAAGCCUUGUUGGCCUUGAAGGAUCCACAGACAUGGCUCCUGGUGUUGAACUCGUUCACUUCCAACCUGGCCAACGGUGGUCUCACAAGUUUUACCUCAAUCAUCACCGCCGGAUUCGGAUUCAGUGAUUUGAAGGCCCUUAUCAUGCAAAUGCCACAAGGUGGUGCUCAGAUUGUGUUCUUGCUCAUAACCUCAACUGCCGCCACGUUGCUUCCCUCGUUCCGUAUAUUGGGAAUGAUCUUGAACACGGUAGUUUCGAUCGUGGGACUGAUUCUUAUUUGGAAGCUUGAUCCCAACGACCAGGUUGGGAGAAUGGUUGGACUAACCCUUGCCGUUGUCUAUGCAAUUAAUCUUCCAAUCUCGCUGAGUAUAGUCACAUCGAAUGUGGCUGGAUUUUCAAAGAAAAGUGUUGUGAGCUCCUUGCUUUUCAUUGCAUACUGUGUUGGCAACAUUGUUGGGCCUCAGUUUUUCUUGUCAUCGGAAGAGCCAUCUUAUCCGACGGGCAUCAAAGCUUCGAUGUCAGGCCUGGUCCUGAGUCUUUUCUUCCUUAUCUGUUUAUAUUCUUAUUACACCUGGGAGAACCGUCGUCGAGACAAGUUGUAUGGCUUGCCCGAGCAAAUCACUGUUGGGGCGGAGUUGCAGGAUGAGCUGUCAAACAAGACUGAUCGGGAGAUCGAGAGCUUUCGGUAUUUGCUCUAG